AUGCAUGAUAAUGCAAAAUCACAUAUUUAAAAAAAGAUAAAUCAGCGAACAUAUUAUAAAUAAUAAAAUCGACUCCUCUUUAGAAAUUUUGAGACAUAUCGUAGGAAUAAAGUGCUGAGUAAUUCAGAUUAAUUGAUAGAAAAUAUAGCAGAUUUUUUAGAAACUCUUACUGAUAAAACAACGAAUAAGUAAUUAGAUAGAUUUAUAGUACAUAAAUAAUCUCUAAUAGAUAAAUAAGGUGAUUGA